AUGGCUUCCUCUCCUCACUCUACUGAUGAGAACACCAAUCAUGGAUCUCCAUCCACCAACCUGACUGCGUUCACUCCUGAGGCCGACUUCGGAUCCAAGGGACGUGUCUCUGACUUCGUUCGCCCUGUCUUGAAGCUUCGUCCUACCAAUCCCAAGCAUGCCAGUGUCUGCGAUGAGUCUGAAGAAGAUGUCUUCCUUACCGCCCCUGUUGCCGCCAAAGGCCAACAACUCUCUCCCACUGCUGAAGUCUUCACUCCAAAAUUGUCCAAAGGCUUCAUGAAGAAAGAGGGUCAGGCUCAGGCUGGAUACGUUGACCGUGCUCAAGAUACCGUUGGAUCGCGCAUGCCUGCUAAGUUCGCGUAUUUCCCCGUCAACGUUCCUGGAGCUCCGCGUCCUGCUCAAGUCCCCGCUGUCAAUCCAAACGCUGCUCGCUAUGGAUUUGGCUUGCUGAAACUUGAUGAGACUCCCUUCAAUCACGUCGCUGGUAUCUUCCUCCAUGACUUCAACAUCACUGAAGGUGUCUUCAGUCUUGAUGAGGGUAUCUCUCGUUCCUUUGUCGUCACCGGUGUGCCACUUCAGUUCACUUCGCAGGUCGUCAGCCGCCACUUCCCGAUUGAGUACUUCCCAAGCAUCAGAGGAAUCAACUCCACUGCAAUCUCCAGCGGCCUCUUCGUUGUGUCCUGCGCUGAUAUUCGCGAUGCAAAGCGAGCUGCGGACGUCGCCAACACCAUCUUGCCUUACAGCUACAUCUUUCCCCUCAAGGCAAAGAAGUACACUUCGGACAAUGGUGGAGACCCGUCCCUCGUCACCGACCAUGAAGGACAAGUCAUCGUCAGUAUCUACUACAAUGGACAUGCUACUGCACCACCGGUUGAAGCAGCCCCUAUUGUUGCUGAGGUCAGACGUCUUCUUGCACAGUGUGGUGACGUAAAGGCUUUUCAUACCAUCCCCACUACCCAGACUCACGUCCGCGAGAUCCGUGUGGAAUUCUUCAACGCCGACCUCGUUGAGGUUGCCAAGGAUGUCAUUCGCGGAACCAUCAUCCAUGGUGCUGUUUUGGAUGUCGCGUCGUUCCAGCCUGACGUUCGUGUUGUUACCGAGCUUGACGAGGAACAUCACGAACAACUUUCUGUCACUGGUCGCUCACGAGUCCCUUUCGAUCCUGACUACGAUCGUAUUGCUUAUGCAAUCCAGCGUGAUGGUCUUCGCAAUGGUCGUCGCCUUAACCAAGCCAUGAACCACAACGCCGUCGAUAUUGCUCGUAUCCAGGCUGGCCUUGAUGUCCGCACCACUAUCAUGCUCCGCAACAUCCCAAAUCGUGUUGAUCAACCCAUGUUGAAGAAUCUCCUUGAUGUCACCAGCCGUGGCCGCUACGACUUCAUGUACCUGCGCAUUGAUUUCGCAAACAACUGCAAUGUCGGCUACGCCUUCAUCAACUUCAUUGAUGCCCAGUCAAUCAUUCCCUUCGUCCUUGCUCGCGCCGGUAAGCGCUGGAACUGCUUCGCCUCAGACAAGAUUGCCGAGCUCUUCGUCGCCGGCAAUGUUCAAAAUGCCGGGCAAGAGGAGAAGUUUCCCGAACCUGACAACCACUCAAAGAUGCGUCGUUCGGUCGAGAAUGCGGAGCAUGUUGGUCUGUACCUCCCACUUCGUUUGAAUCCUGGCUGGUACCCUGUGCCAAAUCCUGGUGCUGCUGCCUUUCGUCGUCGCCGUCCCAUGCGUCGCACCGGAAGAUUCAACGUUGCUGAGAUUGUCCGCAAUGGUGUCUACAUGCCUCCUGCUCGUGCCAACAAGCCCACAACGAGCAGCCCUCCCAAGGCUUCUGCAAACAAGACAUCACCGACACGUCGCCGAGUUCCUUUCUUCAUUGACACUCGCAAUCCUUAUGACCCGUUUGCCGGUCGUCCCCGCCGCACCUUCUCUCCGCAAGGCCAGGUGUACCGUGAAGAACAACGUCGUCGCCGCUCUCAAUUUGACCGAGGCACCCCUGGUGCUGAGAACGAGUUGGGCGUUGCACCUCGCUAUCGUCUUCAAGAUCCCGCGCUCGAACACAUGGGCAAUAUUCAUCUUCCACGUUAUUAA